UAUGCGUAAGUCUCGGCAACAUCCGGGACAUCGCUGGGACUGCAGCCGAAAUUGUUUGGAAGGUGCAGCCAUGGCAACGACGAGAUUCCUCCGCGUUAACAACAUGUCCGGUGCAGCGGCACGUCGUGGAAAUAAAGAGCCACCUACAGUGAAGGACAACAAGAAGCAGAAUGAAGAAGCUGUUUUCCUCCAGUGGGAAGCGACGCCACAGCAGCAAGUCCACGCGCUGCUGUCUCAAGCCAAAGACCAACUUCCGUUGGAAAUGAGAAAGAUUCUGGGCUUCAGCAACACGCACGUAUGUAUGAAGGAAGCUGCCCUGCUGGAUUACUAUGUCAGUGGUCUCUGCUGGGCAAAAGAGACCAACUUCACCCCUGAACAGACCUCUUUCUCCAUGGCUGUAAUGCAAAGGCUGCUGGAUAACAUAAGAGAGAAACGGAUGCCUUUAGUUGAGAACUUGAUGGAGUUUGCUAAGGCUUUAGGUGCUGCCCGUCAGUGCCGAACUUCAGAGGAAUGCACUACUCCACUUCUGGAGGAAGAAGAAGCAAAGGCGCUCAUAACUUACAUCAGAAACAGUCUGUUUCAGAAGUACAGACUCUACGAGCUCCUCUUCACCACAUCCAGAGAGGAGUUACUGACGGGCGCGGAGAGGACCAUUGAGGUGUUUGGCUGUCAAGGUGCUCUCGCUCCAUUGGAGGAAGGCCUUCCCACUCACCUCUACUCCCAAUAAGUGGCUCUGCUGCUGGUAUCUGGACGGGUGGAUGAAUGGCAUCAAUACGAGCUGGGACGUGCGAUUCCUUCGUUUUGAAAGUACAUUAUUAUCAAUAUGGAUUCCGCAAAAAUAUUAAACAAUACCAUC